UAGACAGAAAAAAUAGAAACAAUUAGUGAUUCACCCACAACAAAGGCUAACGACUAGAAAAACAUUUGACAUAAUAAGCCUACCGACUAAAAACAACGCAAUACGUUUACAUAUCAAGAAUGUCACGAAACAUCGCUCUACUCCUGAUCCUAGUGACGUUAUCAUCAGCCGCCUCGCAGACGUUCCAGUAUUCCAGAGGUUGGACGAAUGGGAAGAGAGAUGGAAGUAGCAACGACCUUCAAAAGAUUCUCAGCCCGUGUCAGAUGCAUAAGCUGAGAGCACUUCUGAGAGGAAGGUCGCUCACUGACAGUUUACUAGAACCCUGUGGCUACUAUGAUCAAAAGGAACAGACGACGAAUGAAAGGAAAUCCUUGAAAGCGAACCGAGAAUCUCUUUACGACGUGUUUCAAUAAAAAAAAAUGAAAAAAAAAAUCAAAUUCCAAAAACAACUUAUUUUUAACAUUCCAACUAUUACUACUAUAGGAUAUUAUUAUUUGAACCAAGAUGGCGACGCAAAUAAAAUAUUAAAAUCACGGGAUCAAAGUAUGUAUUGAAUAAAAAUAAAAAAAUAUAUAUGAUUAUUGUAUAAAGCCAGUAUUUUAAUUAAAUUUCAAAGCAUAUUAAGGCUGGUUUUAUGCUUUGAAAUGAAUAUAUAUAUAUAAUCUAUAUGUAACUAAUCUUAUUAAAUCUUAUAUAAUAGAUUUAAUUCAUUAUACCUUGACUAUUAUUACUCAGGAACUCGUAUAACUUACGUAUUGAAUUAUUGAUAAUUAUUAUAUUUAUGUUAAGAAAAUAUAUGAGAAAAAUGUUCUUUA